AACCCUCGUGAGUUCGUCGCUACUCUCUGGUGGUUUAAACCCAAACGAAUCUAACUAGCCCUGUCGCCCUCGCCUCCCAAAUUGAGUUGGGUGGUCUAACAGCACGUGUAGUCACGCGUCCUUUCCCCUACCUUCAUUUUCCUUCCUUUUUGGUUAUCUCCAUUCCAUUCUGGCUAGGUACGAUCGAAAUCUGAGCUUUAGCUGUAAUCAUUCCCUUGCUUAGAAAUCUUUCCAUAGCUCUCCUCGUUCUGCCUGGCUAUCAGUUCGGGAAAUCCAUAGUCAAGAUUUGACCUUCACAAUCAUUCGUUCCCCUCUGCUGCAAUCAAUACUUUAUUUACUCCGAACAAUCAUCUCAACCCUGUUCCCAUCUCCAAUCCGCAGUUGAAACCCACGACGGAACACAUUGGGUAGUCUCUGAAGUUUCAAGCUUGCCUUUUCCCUUUCUGUGGGGAGGAAUUUCGUUUGCUUGCAAGUUUUGUGAUUGUUUCCGGUUUUCUUUCUCUCCGUUUUCUUGUUUUCUCCGUUUGGGUUUUGGUUUUUCUAGCUAUCAAAUUAAUUACAAGUGGCCACUCCGGGAAAGCCAAAUGUACAGAAAUCACUGCUCUUCCACCCCAUUCCCAACCCUAAAAUGCUGCUCCAGAUACUCCUGCCCCUAAAGCCUUCUUCUCGCCUCCUCUUCUCCUCCUCUUUUCCACGCUCGGCAUCGGCUCUAAAGGCAGAGCCACUGGCAGCAGCUACUCGCCAGCGGACAUGGCGAAACACUCCGUCGGUUGGCCGCUUCUGCAGAAGAGAUGGCUGCUGGGUCUGUUAAUCAUGCUUUCCAUCUCCACCGUCAUCGCUUUCUUUAUCAGGUCCGCUUUCGAUUCCUGCGAUCGUCACUUGGAAGAAGUUGCUCAGGGAUCUGCUCGUUCUUCCGGGAAUGCACCGGUGCCGGUGAAUACGAAGGCGACGCCCCCUAGUCCCCUCAGCUUCAUGAGAUCCAAGCGUGUACUUUUGGUCUCACAUGAGCUUUCCCUUUCUGGUGGGCCAUUACUGCUCAUGGAACUAGCGUUUCUACUACGGAGUGUUGGUGCUGGAGUUUCUUGGAUAACCAUCCAAAAACCUCUGCAAACUGAUGGGGUUAUUUACAAUUUGGAGGAGAAAAUGUUGGUCCGGGGAGUUCAGGUAAUAUCUGCAAAGGGACAAGAAGCUAUAGAUGCUUCCCUCAAAGCUGAUCUGGUUGUUCUGAAUACAGCAGUUGCUGGGAAAUGGCUGGAUCCUGUUCUUAAGGAAAAUCUUUCUCGUGUUCUUCCAAAAGUGUUGUGGUGGAUCCAUGAGAUGCGAGGCCAUUACUUUAAAUUGGAUUUUGUCAAACAUCUUCCUUUGGUUGCUGGUGCUAUGAUUGAUUCACAUGUCACAGCAGAUUACUGGAAGAAUCGAACUCAAGUGCGUCUUGGAAUUAAAAUGCCUGAGACGUAUGUUGUUCACCUUGGCAAUAGCAAGGAACUUAUGGAGGUUGCGGAAGAUAGUGUGGCAAAUAGGGUUUUGCGUGAGCACAUCCGGGAGUCUCUUCAAGUUCGAGAUGAAGAUUUACUGUUUGGCAUUAUAAACAGUGUUUCACGUGGAAAGGGCCAGGAUCUAUUCCUACGUUCCUUCUAUGAGGCGUUACAAUUGAUCCAGGAUAAGAAGUUGCAGGUGCCAUCUGUGCAUGCUGUAAUUGUGGGGAGUGACAUGGGUGCACAAACAAAGUUUGAAACAGAAUUGCGGAGUUAUGUGAUGCAGAAAAAGAUUCAACACCGUGUUCACUUUGUGAACAAGACUCUCACUGUUGCUCCUUACUUAGCUGCAAUUGAUGUUCUUGUUCAGAACUCUCAGGCGCGGGGAGAAUGCUUUGGAAGGAUAACCAUUGAAGCCAUGGCAUUUCAGUUGCCUGUCCUGGGAACUGCUGCUGGUGGCACUGCGGAGAUAGUUGUGAAUGGGACUACUGGUAUGCUGCAUCCAGUUGGGAAAGAAGGCGUCCCGGCACUUGCCAAAAACAUGGUGAAACUCGCCACUCAAGUAGAGAGGAGGCUUACGAUGGGGAAGAGAGGCUACGAGCGUGUGAAGGAGAGGUUUCUAGAACAUCACAUGGCACAUCGAAUUGCUUUUGUGCUGAAGGAUAUACUGAGGAAGUCAAAGGAUUACCAACAUCGUCAUACAACUUGAGCCUCGCUGUGUUAUUUUUGUGUUCAGAGAUCAACACAUGCGAGAAGUUUGAGCUGCAGUUUAUUGUUCCAGAAGUCCGUUCUCGCAAUCAAGGCAGCCUUACAAAGAUGACUGAAAGAGAGAUUUAACGAUAGGGAAAAGAUGUAGUUACGGCCCCAAUUCUGUUGGCAGAAGUGCUGUAAAUUGUGUACAUACUAGGAUGAGUUUCAGUGUUGGCUCAGACUGGUAAAAAAAAAUGUUGCCUCCAUAGAAUAGCCGAGUUGGCAUUGUUGUCUUGAGUAUUUUAACUUUCCUGUGUGGUAAAUUUGAUUCAUUUCAGUUGGUAUGCCGUUAACUGGCUUGUAGGAGAGAUGUUUGUGUAUCCGGACUGUGUAAGGAUGUUCAAACUUGUGUCUAUCAUGCAGGAUACGUAAGGUUGCUUGAUUGUUGAGUCGUAUGGGGAUGGGGAUGUCAGUCAGUCAGAUACGACAUACGAGUAAGGCUGCUGGAGUGGAUAUGGAUCUUUGAAAUGCACAAAUUGAUUGCAUGGAAGUAUAGCAGA